AUGAAUGAGUAUGAUAUAGAGAUUGAUUUAGAUUAUUGUGGAGAAUAUAAUAAUCUUGAAGCAUUUUUAGUUUAUUUCGACCAAUCUAAUGAUGUUGACAAAUGCUUUAUUUAUUCUCCGAUGUUUAAUAUUCCAUCUCUUUUCGAAUUAUUCAUUUCGCUUGGUGCAGACAUCAAUGGAAAAGAUAAAAAUGGCAUAACAGCUUUUCAUCAGGUAUCAUUAAGAAAUAAUAAAAAGGCAGCCGAAUUACUUCUUUCACAUGGUGCAAAUGUCAAUGGAAAAUGUUAUGACAACAAAACAGCUCUUCAUUUUGCAGCAAUUAAUAAUUGUAUAGAAAUAUCUGAACUUCUUCUUUCACAUGGCGCAAAUAUCAAUGAAAAAGAUUUUGAUGAAAAAACUCCUUUUGGUUAUGCCAUGAUUUAUAAUUGUAAAGAAAUAAUUAAACUUCUUCUUUCACAUGGUGCAAAUCCCAAUGAAAUAAUUAAUGAGGAAUGUACAGCUCUUUUCUAUUCUUUGUUCAAUGAUGAUAAAGAAAUAACUGAACUUCUUCUUUCACAUGGUGCAAAUGCCAAUGAAAAAAUGAAUGAUGAAAAUACAGCUCUUCAUUUUGCCUCGAUACGCGGAAAUAAAGAAAUAGUUGAACUUUUUCUUUUGCAUGGGGCAAAUAUUAAUGAAAAAAAUUGCGAUGAACUAACAGCUCUUCAUCUUGCAACAAACUCUGAACACAAAAAAAUUGUUGAACUUCUUCUCUCCCACGGUGCAAGUAUCGAUGAAAAAAAAUAUUAA